CUGAAACAACAUACACUGUUGUACUCAGUACCACCACUGUAACAAUCCCAACUACAACUACAGGAUGUGUCUGUAUUGUUGAUGGCAAGAAUUAUAAACCUGGUGAGACAAUAUACGACAGGAAAGAUAUUGGAUCAGGGAUUUGUCUCAGCAUGAUAUGUUCGGCUAUUUGCGAACUUCGAAACCAAACAGAACCUUGCAACUCUACACCCUCAUCAACACCUUCCCCUCCAACAAUCCCACCUCCUCCCACCUGCCCCGAGUGGGAUCUAUUGCAAAACGAGACAUUUGUGCUGUGUGAUUGCAUAAUGGCCAAAUGCAUUGAGAACACAACGAUUGAAAUAGUAGAAUAUGAAUGCCCCCCACUGGAAGAAAUCUCCUGUGCCAGUGGAAAGAAACCAGUUCUUAUAGACGAUGAAUAUGGAUGCUGCAAGUAUUACACAUGCCCAUGUGAAUGUGAAGGCUGGGGAGACCCACAUUACAUUACGUUUGAUGGCGUCUUCUACAGUUAUCAAGGAAACUGCACAUAUGUCUUAAUGGAAGAGAUCACACCAAAGCAUAAUUUGAAGGUUAUUGUAGACAAUGUGUACUGUGAGCCCACCGAAGACGUUUCUUGUCCUCGCUCAAUUAUCGUGUUGUAUCGCUCACAAGUAAUCACUCUCAAGAAUCAUAACCUUAUGGGAGCAGCCAAGAUGGAGGUUCUCAGUAGCGGAGUGACUGUAAAAGUGCCUUAUUACCAUCAAGGGAUAAAGGUACUAAGCACUGGAAUGUCCUUGAUCUUGGAGAUCCCUACUCUGCAAGUGGUCAUCACAUUUGGAAUUACAGGAUUUAGUAUAAGCCUGCCACCUCGGGAAUUCGUCAACAACACAAAGGGGCAUUGUGGAACAUGCAACAACAACGAGGCUGAUGAUUGUAUGUUGCCUGGAGGCCAGCUGAUACAGAAUUGUGAAGUGAUGGCUGACUUCUAUCUUGUGGAAGACUUGUACAAGCCAUCCUGCCAUGCUCCAUCCGUAAUACCAACCGAUUCGCCCUUACCCCCACCGCCACUAACCACAUGCAAACCAGACUCUGUGUGUGGAGUUCUUCUGGGCAGUCUAUUCGAAGCAUGCCAUGCCAUCGUCUCACCGGACAAAUUCUACCAGGGUUGCGUCUUCGAUAGCUGCCAUGUCGCCAACCCAGUGGUGCAGUGCACCAGCUUGCAGGUGUACGCUGCCGCCUGUGCACAGGCCGGGGUCUGCCUGUACUGGAGGGAUCACACCCCUCUGUGUCCCAGUAACUGCCCAGCAGACAAAGUCUAUAAACCAUGUGGUCCUGCAGAGCAGCAAACCUGUGAAGACAAACCUGGCGACACUCAAAUGAACUUUACCACUGAGGGGUGCUUUUGUCCUGAUGGCAUGAAGCUCUUCAACAAGGAGUCAAACAUAUGUGUUGAUAAAUGUGGAUGUUUGGAUUCAGAGGGCGUUCCCCGCGAGUUUAAUGAGAUAUUUGAUCAAAACUGCCAAACUUGCAUCUGCGAGGAAUCCACCAAGUCUGUGACAUGCAAGCCCAAAGACUGCCCUGCAAUUCCAGCGGAAAGCUGCACCAAACCAGGGUUCAUACUGGUGAAUCAAACCCACCCGGCAGACAGAUGUUGUCUUCACUAUGUUUGCCAAUGUGACAGCAGCACUUGUCCAGUUGUCGACCUGAGCUGCGAUGUUGGAUACAUACCAGAAGUCUCUGUGCCAACGGGACAUUGUUGCCCUGUGCGCCAUUGCUUGCCUAAAGCGGUUUGUCUGCACAAAGGAAUGGAAUACCAGGUCGGUUCCCCAGUCCCAGUCGUCAAGUGUCAGAACUGCACUUGUUCCAGGCAGGUGAUAGAAGCUUCAGGUCUGCGAGAGAUAACCUGUACGAUGCUGGCAUGUGACCAGAACUGUGGUCUGGGAUACAAGUACGUUUCAGACAAGAGCCUUGAGGAGUGUUGUGGGAGGUGCCUGCAGACCCACUGUGUUGUCGACAGAAACAUAACACAGGAGCUGCUUAAGGAAGGAGAAAAGUGGUCCCCACCGGGGAACAUGUGUGAGUCUUAUACUUGCGUGAAGAUUGGAGAGACGCUCACAACAAUCAUGUCCACCACGGUGUGUCCGCACUUCCAGCAGAGCAACUGUUACCCUGAUACAGUUCAGACGGCUGCAAAUGGCUGCUGUAAGAUCUGCGUGGAGAUGGACAAGGGGUGUAAGCGAGGCUCUAUGAGACAGCGGAUCACGCACAACGGGUGCCAGGCCCGGGAGGACGUUGACAUGCCCUAUUGUGAGGGGUCCUGCAACACCUUCGCCAGGUACGAGGAAAUGGCAGCGGGUUUGGAGCACACGUGCGCGUGCUGCCGGGAGUCGCGCUUCAGCAACCGCACGGUGGAGCUGGAGUGUUUGAACGGAGACCUGGUGCCGUACACUUACGUCCACGUGGAGGAGUGCAGCUGCGGAAAGACCGACUGCGACCGGGCGGCCCGGCUGCCAGCUCGCAAGAGACGGGCCAACAUAGGAGUUUAAAUGUUGGACACGACCCAAAAGACGCCCACCGUUACGCUCAGCCAUAUUCUAAAACCUUUUUUGAUGUUUUUAUUUGAAAGCGAAUCAUUUUAAUGUUUGUCAAAAAGUGUCUGACGCAAAUUAAUAAAU